UCGAAGUAGCAAAACACGGUGCUACAAAAAUCACCACAACAUACCCUCUUUGGCAAGUAUUUAAGAGCCUCAUCAUAUGCCACAACCAACAAAGCAUCACAAAAGUCUAGUAAGAAACAAUAUUACUGAAACAACGUGCACACACAGACAUCUACAGUCAUAGCGAGGCUCAUAGCUCUAGUGAUCGACUGAUCGUCGAUCCAUGGCAGCCUCACCGCUACCAAGAUGGGCACCGACACCGAGCCCGACCAGACCGCUCAGGGUGUCGAGCACCGGGCAAACAGUGAUGUCAUCAUGUAGCAGCUGGGCGGUGUGCAGCUCGUUCAGCUCCAUCUUUGUGCCCUUCCGGUGUUCUGCCGCGCCGCCGUCGCCAGCGGAUGCUCCGGCCAAUGCGGCGGAUGACGGCGGCGGCCGAGUCGGCUGUCAUCCACUGGACUGUGUUGGAGCAAGAGACCGUGAUCUUCGCCCAGAGGAUGCCAGGCCUAGGGUUUUCCUGACAUGGGAGGACCUCACGGUGACAGCCUCCAGUGGGAAGGGGAGCCGUGCAGUGAUUCUCGACAGGCUCAGCGGGUGUGCACGCCCUGGCGAAGUUCUGGCUCUUAUGGGGCCUUCGGGUUGUGGCAAGACCACCCUACUUGACGCCCUGGCUGGACGACUUGGGAACGAUAAGAAAAAGACGGGUAGCAUCUUGAUCAAUGGCCGACGAGAGAAGCUUGCUUUCGGAACAUCCGCCUACGUGACCCAAGAAACCCUGCUGAUGGCGACGCUGACGGUGGCGGAGGCCGUCCACUGGUCGGCGGAGCUCCAGCUGCCGGGCUCGGUGCCGGCGGCCGAGAGGCGUGCGCGCGCCGACCGCGCGAUCCGGCAGAUGGGGCUGGCCGCGGUGGCCGGGAGCCGGAUCGGCGGCCGCGUGUGCAAGGGGAUCAGCGGCGGGCAGCGGCGGCGGGUCAGCAUCUGCGUCGAGCUGCUGGCGUCGCCGGCGCUGGUGUUCCUCGACGAGCCCACCAGCGGGCUCGACAGCACCGCGUCGCUCCACGUCAUGAGCCGCAUCGCGGGGCUGGCCCGGGCGGAGGGGAUGACGGUCGUGGCCGCCGUGCACCAGCCCAGCAGCGAGGUGUUCCAGCUCUUCCAUGGCCUCUGCCUGCUGGCGUAUGGGAGGAUGGUCUACUUCGGCCCAGCAGCGGAGGCCAUCGAGUUCUUUGAUGCUAAUGGCUACCCAUGUCCCUUGAGAAGGAACCCUUCAGAUCACUUCUUAACGAUGAUAAAUAAAGAUUUUGAGGAAUUUGAUGAAGGGUCCACACUUAUGUUACCAUGCGCGGAUGAAGUCAUACAAACUUUAGUAGAUUCCUUAAUAUCUCGGGGGAGUUUAGGAAUGAAAAAUGAAGCAUUUACAAUGGAGGGUGCACCUUUAACUAAGAAAAGGCAAGCUACUUUCUUUACCAAAUGUGCAGUGUUAACCAAAAGGUCAUGUACUAACAUGCAUCGAGAUCUGGGCUACUAUUGGUUGCGAUUUGGUAUCUAUAUAGGCAUUUGUGUGAGCAUUGGAACAAUUUUCUGCAAUGUUGGCUACAGUUUUGCAUCAAUCCAGGCAAGAGCCUCUAUGAUAAUGUUUACAUCAACUCUAUUGACAAUGAUGUCAAUUGGAGGAUUCCCAUCAUUUGUCGAGGACUUGAAGAUAUUCAGAAAAGAGCAGCUGAGUGGUCAUUAUGAUGCUACUGCAUUCGUCAUCUCUAACACACUUUCAUCAACACCAUACUUAGGGAUCAUCUCUAUAAUACCAGGUGCAAUAGCUUAUUACCUGACUGGGCUUCAAAGAAGCUUUGAUCACUUUGUCUACUUCGCGGCAGUGCUAUGGGCAUGCACAAUGCUGGUUGAGGGAUUGAUGAUGAUUGUUGCAGCCAUUGUGCCUGAUUUUCUUCUUGGCAUAAUCACUGGAUCAGGAAUCCAAGGACUACUAAUGCUAAAUGCUGGUUUCUUCAGGCUUCCAAGUGACCUUCCAAAACCCAUAUGGAAGUAUCCGACAUACUAUAUCUCCUACCACAAAUAUGCCACUCAAGGACUUUACAAGAACGAGUUUCUGGGUUUAGCAUUUGAGAAUUUAGGAGGAGAGGGGCUCACUAUUAGUGGUGAGUACAUCCUUAAGACCUACUUACAAGUGGAGAUGGGUUACUCGAAGUGGGUGGAUCUUGCCAUAUUGUUUGCCAUGGUCUUGAUCUAUAGGGUGCUUUUUUUAGUUAUUAUAAAGGUAGGUGAGGCAGUGAGACCCAUGAUUAAAUGUAUAUCACUUAAAGUGUAAUGAAUACCUUUUCUUUUCCCCCCAAGUCAUGCUAUCAACGGUUGGUUGUAUUGUAUAGAUUGUAAUAUUAAAUCUAAUGGAACCUAUUGAUGUUGGUUGUAUUGGUGUUCAAA